CGCGCCGCGGGCUGCGGGCUGCGGGCUUGGUGCGCCCCGCGCCGGGGAUGACCCUGCCCGGGGGCCCGACCGGCAUGGCGCGGCCGGGGCGCGCGGGGCCCUGCAGCCCGGGGCUGGAGCGGGCGCCGCGCCGGAGCGUCGGGGAGCUGCGCCUUCUCUUCGAGGCACGCUGCGCCGCGGUGGCCGCCGCAGCCGCUGCCGGGGAGCCCCGGGCCCGUGGGGCUAAGCGGCGCGGGGGCCGGGUCCCCAACGGGCUCCCGCGGGCCGCCCCGGCGCCGGCGAUCCCUCAGCUGACCGUGACGGCCGAGGAGCCGGACGCGCCCCCGGCCAGUCCCGGGCCGCCGGAGCCCGAGGGGCGCUGGCUCCCGGCCGCGGGCGCGCACCUGCAGCAGCCGCGCCGCCUCUCCACCUCGUCGCUGUCCUCCACCGGCUCCUCGUCGCUGCUCGAGGACUCGGAAGACGAUCUGCUAAGCGACAGCGAGAGUCGAAGUCGCGGCAACGUACAGCUGGAAGCCGGCGAGGACGCUGGUCAGAAAAGCCACUGGCAGAAGAUCCGCACCAUGGUGAACCUGCCGGUCAUGAGCCCCUUCCGGAAGCGCUACUCUUGGGUACAGCUGGCAGGGCACACAGGGAGCUUCAAGGCGGCGGGCACAAGCGGGCUGAUCCUGAAGCGCAGCUCAGAACCCGAGCGGUACUGCCUGGGCCGGCUGAUGGGGGAUGCAUUGCGUGGCUGCGUGCCCACCUUCCAUGGCGUGGUGGAGCGAGACGGCGAGAGCUACCUACAGCUACAGGACCUGCUGGACGGCUUCGAUGGGCCUUGCGUGCUGGACUGCAAGAUGGGCGUUAGGACUUACCUGGAAGAGGAGCUCACCAAGGCCCGGGAGCGCCCCAAACUGCGUAAGGACAUGUACAAGAAGAUGCUGGCGGUGGACCCCGAAGCGCCCACUGAGGAGGAGCACGCUCAGCGGGCAGUCACCAAGCCACGCUACAUGCAGUGGCGGGAGGGCAUCAGCUCCAGCACCACGCUUGGCUUCCGCAUUGAGGGCAUCAAGAAAGCUGAUGGCUCCUGCAGUACUGACUUCAAGACCACGAGAAGCCGGGAGCAGGUGACCCGUGUCUUUGAGGAGUUUGUACAAGGAGAUAUGGAAGUGCUGAGAAGAUAUCUGAACCGUCUGCAGCAGAUCCGGGACACCCUGGAGGUCUCCGAAUUUUUUAGGAAGCACGAGGUGAUCGGCAGCUCGCUCCUCUUCGUGCAUGAUCAUUGCCAUCGCGCUGGUGUGUGGCUGAUUGAUUUUGGCAAGACCACGCCCCUUCCAGAUGGCCAGAUCCUGGACCACCGGCGGCCCUGGGAGGAAGGCAACCGGGAGGAUGGCUAUCUGCUAGGGCUGGACAAUCUCAUUGGCAUCCUAGCAAGCCUUGCGGAGAGAUGAGGCUGGGCCCUGUUGCCACUUGGGCCUGCCAGUCAGAGAAAUGUGGACCUGUGGCUGUGACCCCACAGUGCAUGCCAGCAAGACCAAACCCCGCUGGGCGGGCAGUUACUUGGUCCUGCAGAGCCAGGAGCCAAGGGGUGUGUUGCCAACACAGGGAAUUGGCCUCACGCAAACCCCACAUUCCCAGAGCUGGGUGACACUAAUUUAGAGGAGAGGAGGAAAACAGUGGACUUCUUCCUCAGCCCAGCUCUCCUGAGGGGGCUCUGCACCUCUUCAGAGGGCUCAGAUAAAGAAUUUCAUUUUGCAAGUCUAGACCUACUGGACAGGCUUACCACACUACAGUGGAUUCCCUUCCCAAUAAAACCCAGAGACCCA